UUUAUAGUAGUGACAAAGUACAGGAUGAACCGUGCCUUUUCUCCAUCAAUGGUCAGGCCAACCCUGCCUUUGAGAAGACCUGCAUUAAGUCCAGAUUGUGUGACCCCUGUAAUUAGCAACCAGGGUGCUGCAAAACUGUGUAAUUAUUGCAGUAAGCAAGGUAAUCUCAGGUGCACACACUGCAAAAGGAUUUGCUACUGCUCUGAAGCUUGUCAGACACAGGAUUGGAAGGCCCAUCGCCACAUUUGUAAACUUAGUGCUCAAGAAAACACUGCAAGCAACAAACCAACGGAGUCCCUGACUUUACCUUGUGAAGAUGGAGCUAGUGUUUUAGAAUCCAAAAUGAUCAAUAGUCAUGUGGUUAAAACAAACAGAGUUUAUCUUCGUGAUUUACGCAAGAACAACCUCUCUAAAGGAGAUGAAUUCCAAGCGGCUGUGGUGGAAAUGCAGAGCCCUGGGAAGUUCUUCAUCCACAUCCAGUCAGUGGAAAUGGUUGAGACCAUGAAGAACAUCACUCUAAAUCUACAGAAGGUCUAUGGUGGUUCACCUGUGUCUGAGUACAAGCCUGAAAUUGGGGAGAUCUGUGCUGUGAAAUUCUCUGUUGAUCAGAACUGGUAUCGGGGUGAAAUAGAGUUUGUUGAUUUGACUCACAACACUGCCAAAGUGCUUUACAUAGACUUUGGAAAUGAAGAGGAGGUCAAAUUUGACCAGAUAUGCCCCCUGUCAGCACAUAUUGAUGCUGCACCCCCAUGUGCGCUACAGUGUUGUAUUGCUGGAGUAACUGCAAUCACAAGCAGUUGGACAGCCGAAUGUUGUAUUGCAUUGAGGCAGCUGGUUGCUGGAAAGAGUCUGACUUUCACUGUGGUGGAAGUCCUGAACACUAGCUCUGUGUUUGCUGUAGAUGCGCCCCUGUCCAUGCUUGGUAAGAAUAUGAGUACUUUCCUAAUUGAUCAGGGCUAUGCAUUGAAGGACAGCACUUCCACAAAGCCACACAUCAAGCAAGAUAUCAAUUCUAUAAUGACUGCAUCAUUUGAAAUCUUCAAGCGUUUGUCUGAUGGGAAAAAUGAGAACACCGAGGCACAGCCACCUGAGCCCUUGAGUCAAGACGUUGGAGAUACAUUCACAGCUAUAGUCACACAUCUACAGUCCCCAUCAGAGAUCAUCUGCCAGAAGCUAGAAAAUGCCAGUGUUCUUCAGCAGUUACAAAAGAGUUUGGGAGAAUUGUGUACCAAGACUCAGGCCAGUGAAAACUUUCGACCUGCUCCUGGAACUGUCUGCUGUUCUCUUUUCUCAGAGGACAAUCAGUGGUAUAGGGCUAAAGUCUUGGCAUAUUCCUCAGAGGAUCGUGUGUGCGUGGGUUACAUAGACUUCGGGAAUUCAGAAGAGGUGUUGUUGAAUCAGUUGCGUCCUAUCAGUAUGGAUCUCUUAGCUUUGUCUUCUCAAGCAAUCCCAUGUGCCCUGGCAGGUAUUAAGCCCACUUCAGAGGUGUGGUCAGAGGAGACAAUAGUCACACUGAAACAACUGGUCUGUAACCGCUUCAUCUGUGUGGAGAUUCUUGGAGAGCGAGAUGGAACAGCUUUAGUCUCAAUGGUUGUUGAGUCCAGUGAUCCUCAGACUAAUGUAGCUGAGCUGCUGGUUGCUUCAGGUCAUGCUUCUGCUGGAACUAUGGAGACAAAAAAGGAGAAAGCAUGUAAAUGUCCUGAUGAUCCUGAAGACAAACUGGAGUGGUCUUGUUCAGAACUCCCCACUGAUGGCCAGAAGGUGGUGCUAGUGAUCAGUGUACUGGAUAAUCCGGGACAAUUUUACUGCUACAAUUACAGUGCAGAUGUCAUGCAGACCCUGGCAGAAUUGUCCACUGCUCUGAUGAAGCACUGUGAGGCUGAUAGGACUCCUUUCAACCCUGUUGUUGGAAAACCCUGUUGUGCUCGCUUCAGUGAUGGGAGCUGGUACAGGGGCAUUCUUCAGGACCUUGAGAGAGAUGGAACUGCCAAAGUGUUCUUUGUAGAUUAUGGGAACACUUGUAAAGUACAAUCAGCCCAUCUAAAAGCCAUCAAACCUAGCCUCCUCAAACAUCCUUUUCAGGCCAUAUGUUGUUCUCUUGCAGGACUUGAACCUGUAGGAGGGGAGUGGAGUAAAGAUGCAGUGCAGAAGUUCCGUAAUCUGUGUUUGGGGAAGCAACUCACUGGCACAGUGGUAUCUGUCACUGAGAAAGGUUAUGGAGUGGAGCUGGAGUGUAGCGGUGACAACGUUGCUGCUGUACUCAUUGCAGAAAAGCUAGUAAAACCUUUGGGACAGGAGAACAAGCCUGAUGCACAAGCAGCCACAUUCAAUGAAACUGCAGAAGCAUCUUCUGCACCGGUGACUGCUGAGAAUCACCUGUGUGCUGAGCAGCCAGUUAAACCCACUGGACAAAAACCUGCCACAGCACAGACUGACGCAUCAACUGCUUCAUUUCCUCUGGACUGGAAGACCGUGGAGUUGCCUCACAGUGAGACUUUCCAGCCUCAGGUUGCAGCAGUGACCAGCCCGAGUCUCUUCUAUGUGGUGAAUCCUAGAGAGGUGAACAUAGAGAAGUUGCAGAGUGUUAUGACGGAUGUGAUGAAGUAUUGCAGCAAACAGACCGUGCCCAACCAGAGCAUGCCUUUACCUGGAGCAGCCUGCUGUGCUCAGUUUUCAGGUGAUAAAAAUUGGUACAGAGCUGUUGUGUUGGAAGCUACAAGCAAAUAUGCGGGUGUGAUUUAUGCAGACUAUGGGAACAUUGAGAAGGUUUCCAUCUCCAGCCUUCUGCCAAUCCCGAAGGCACUUCUGCAGCACCCCUUUCAAAUAGCUAGAUGUGCUCUUUCAGGUGAUGAACACUUUCCGACUGUGUGGCCUCCUGAGGUCCUGGAGCUUUUUGGUAUACAGAUGAGUGGCAAAGUACUGGCCUCUGUGGAUCAUUUUGAUGGCACCUUUAACCUGCUAAAUGUUACCAAGCCCAAAGCCCAAGGAGGCAGCAGCAUCAACUCUAUUAUUGUUGAUGCACUGAAGAAAUCUGGCAAGUCUAGCACAAAAUCAUUGACCCAAGACACACAGGCCCAGGGAUAUGAGCAGACACAGGCUGGUGUUUCAUCGUCUGCCUCAGCUUAUAAUUUACCUACAGAAACUGAGAAUCUCAAACCUCAAAGUCUCAAAAAAGAAAAUACAAAGACAACGAUUGCAAGCACAGAAAAGGGUGAUCCAAAGACCCCUCCAGAUUCAACAGCUACCAGUAAUGCUCCUGCUACGUGCUGUUGUGUGACCCUUGAGCAGAAGAUUAACAAAAUUGAGGAGUUGCUACUACUUCUUGUGAAGCAAACGGGUGGAAGACCUAUGUAAAUUAUGCCUGUUUAUACAGUUUAAGCCAUACAGUUUAUAUGUUUAACAGUUUAUAGCCAUUAUAGUUUGUUGAAA